CUGUGUUCACUGCAAACUGAAAAAGUUUAUGAAAAUACAUUUUGUAUUGACUUGAAUUCAAAACGCAAUCACUUACAUUGUAAGAACAAUACUUCUGAGUGGAGGAUUUUAUUAAUAUUUUUCGUUAUUGGAAAACAUCUUCAAAAUGUCCUCUUUAACUAAACCCAAAUCCGAGAUGACACCAGAGGAAUUAGCUAAAAGAGAGGAAGAAGAAUUUAAUACUGGACCACUUUCAGUACUGACACAAUCAGUUAAAAAUAAUACUCAAGUUUUAAUUAAUUGUAGGAACAACAAAAAAUUGUUGGGAAGGGUAAAAGCAUUUGACAGGCACUGUAAUAUGGUUUUGGAAAAUGUAAAAGAAAUGUGGACUGAACUUCCACGUACAGGCAAAGGGAAAAAGAAGGCAAAACCAGUGAACAAAGACAGAUUUAUAUCAAAAAUGUUCUUAAGAGGGGAUUCUGUUAUUCUAGUUUUAAGAAAUCCUCUAGCAACUGCAUCAGGAAAAUAAUUUUUGUAUAAAUUUACUAUUUGUAAUAAAAAUGAUUGAUAAUAAAAUUUUUACUAUAAGCUAGAAA